AAAAUUGUUCAGAAGCCCUUUAGAGAAUGCAGAGAGAUGAGGAUUGCUUCGUUUUCUAAGCCUGACUCCGGCGGCGGAAGGCCCACGAAAACCGGCGACGAUCGGAAUUGUCACCGGAAACACGUCGAAGACGGGUGAAUCCAAUCAAUCACCACCCAUUUUCAAAUUCAGUAAAAUUUUCGCUUAAUUUACAAUUUAGCUACAAUAUCAUGACGGAUAAGGAUAAUGAGAAGUGUCACGGCCACAGCGUCCUGCACGGAAAGUACGAGCUGGGGCGGUUUUUAGGCCACGGAUCGUUCGCGAAGGUGUACCACGCUCGUAAUAUACAGUCUGGAAAGAGCGUGGCGAUGAAGGUUGUUGGGAAGGAGAAGGUUAUCAAAGUUGGGAUGAUAGAGCAAGUGAAGCGUGAGAUCUCUGUGAUGAAGAUGGUGAAACAUCCCAACAUCGUCGAGCUUCACGAAGUCAUGGCUAACAAGUCCAAGAUCUACUUCGCCAUGGAGCUCGUUCGCGGCGGUGAACUCUUCUCCAAGAUCGCCAAAGGACGCCUCAGAGAAGACGUAGCGAGACACUAUUUCCAGCAACUGAUCUCCGCCGUUGAUUUCUGCCAUAGUCGCGGUGUUUAUCACCGCGAUCUCAAGCCUGAAAACCUUUUGUUGGAUCACGAUGGAAAUCUGAAGGUGACUGACUUCGGUCUCUCUGCUUUUGCCGAGCAUUUGAGACAGGACGGGCUUCUCCACACGUCGUGUGGAACUCCGGCGUAUGUGGCGCCGGAGGUGAUCGGAAAAAAGGGCUACGACGGUGCUAAGGCGGAUAUUUGGUCCUGCGGAGUCAUUCUGUACGUGCUUUUAGCUGGAUUCUUGCCUUUUCAGGAUGAAAACAUUAUGGUGAUGUAUCGAAAGAUUUACAAGGGAGAUUUCAAGUGUCCGCCGUGGUUCUCAUCGGAGUCCAGGAGAUUGAUAACGAAAUUGCUUGAUCCGAAUCCGAGCACUCGUAUCACGAUCUCGAAGAUUGUGGAAUCGUCUUGGUUCAAGAAGACGAUUCCAAGAUCUUUGAUAGUUAAAGAAGAUGAAGAUAAUUGGAACAUGAAGGAGACGGAGACGCUGAACGCGUUUCAUAUAAUUUCGUUGUCGGAAGGGUUCGAUUUGUCGCCGUUGUUCGAGGAGAAGAAGAGGGAGGAGAAGGAGAUAAGGUUCGCAACGACGAGAACGGCGAGCAGCGUGAUAUCGAGGCUGGAGGAGGUGGCAGCGAAGGCGGAGGGGAAGUUCAGCGUGAUGAAGAGCGGAGAGGGCAGUUUGAGGAUGUUAGGGGAGGAGAGUGGAAGGAAAGGGAAGUUGGCGAUUGCGGCGGAGAUAUGUGCCGUGACGCCGUCGUUGCUGGUGGUGGAAGUGAAGAAGUCAAGCGGCGACACCUUCGAGUACAACCAGUUCUGCACCAAAGAGCUUCGGCCUGCACUCAAAGACAUCGUCUGGACAUCGCCUGUUGUUGUGGACAACUCAACACCUGCUUGAUUGAUUCAUUAUUUGAAUUUAAUAGUUGUUGUUGAUAUUAUUAUUAGUAUUAAAGAUUCUGGAUGGAUGGCUAAAUGUGAGUCUCGGAAUUGUGAGAUACCUCUGUUUCUUUAUCUUGUGUGUGUUUACUGUGAUGCUUGUGUGAUUUUCAUUCAGGCUAUGCUUGAAUGAUUUCUUUGGGAAAUGGAAAUGAUUAUUAGUAGAACAAUUGGUGGCGGGUUUUAC